UUUGGAUUCAGCAUUGUGCAAAGUUUGGUUUAAUUCAUUUCACUCUCUGUGCAGUCUUUGGUGUAAAAUUGUUUGCUGUAGCCAAAGUGUGCUGUUGCUUUAACAAUGUGUCGCUUGUAUAUUACGUCAUCAAAAUACGCAAUGGUGUCUGGCCAAACAGAUCAUAUAGUUCAAGGGAAGUCAAGAGAACUGUGCGGAAGAGAAUUUUGCUUGCAAUAAAUUCAAUAAUUAAUCGUUAUCCUUAUUCUUUCAGUAUUUGUUAUUCUCAUACGGUCUAUGUUUAUUCUGCAUUGAAGAUGAAUAGUGUUGGAGAGGGCUGCACUGACCUAAAACGGGAAUAUGACCAGUGCUUUAACCGUUGGUUUGCUGAGAAAUUCUUGAAGGGAGAUCGAAGCGGUGAUCCCUGUACCGAAAUGUUCAAGAAAUAUCAGCAUUGUGUCCAGAAGGCCAUAAAAGAAAAGGACAUUCCCAUUGAUGGCGUAGAAUUCAUGGGCCCAAAUAAAGAGAAAGGUGACAGAUGAGAUGGAUCUCCCCAACAACGUUGCCUUGUGACUCACUGGCAUUGCUUACUGGGCAUGCAAUGGAACAUGAACAGGGUGUCCACCAAUUUAGCUUGAAUUGGGUUUUGUUUGAGGUCGCAGUCCUUCUAGUGUGGAGACUAAAGAGCAUUCAUAUGAAGGAUCCAAAGUGCUGAAUGACAAUUGGGAUUGGACUUUGGAUGUUGGGCAUUGAUUACAAAAGGAACAUAUGAAUCUAGACAUUUUGGGUCAGACCAAUAAAAAUCGUAAUGUGGUGGUAACAUCAGUUUAUCAUUGUAAGGGACUAUGAUGCUUUGCAAAGGGAGUUUCAUUGAACUUUUUAAAUUCUGGAAUUGUCAAUGUCUAUUAGUGUCCUGGCAUAAUGUCCCUCAAGACAACUGAAGAGGGCAUCAAUGUGGAUGCAUUGGACUUUGUUUACACUGUGCAAGAUAAGUUUUGUGGGUCUCUUUGCUCCAAGUAAUUUUUUUUUACUGGAAUGAGUUUAGUUCAGUGAUGCAAUGUGAUUAACAUAUACAUUGACAAAGCAAUAAAUAGAAUAAUCAUG